GGCAACCCCGUGAGAUUUUUACCAUUUUUUAAUCCCCAACACUUCAUCAAAACGGCUCAAAGUGUAUUUAUAGAACGGAGGCGGGACUAUUGUUAUUAUUAUUGUUGUUUUUUCACAUAGUAUAGCUCGAAAUGCAGAUGCAAAUCUAUUCAUUCCAUCGAUUCUUGAAGCUGGUAUGGAACAGGCAGAGACGUUAUAGAUAACGAUGCUGUCUUUGAUUUUCAUAAGAAGUCUUCUUAUUCUCACAUCAGGUGGUGCCAUUCUUGCUGUGACUGAAAUUUUCACACCAAAUCUUUUACAAAGAGGUGCAACUUCUAAGAACUGGAUCUGGAAGAGCAGCAUGCUUUCCAGAACUCCAGAAAUUCAACGACGCAGACGAUUCCUGGCCGAAGAACCCUCCGAGGCAUGGUGGAAGGAUAUGAUUGCUCCCGAACAUCCUUCAUUUCAUGAUUCUCUGAAUCCCUCAGAAAAAUCGCACUUCACUAAUGCUGAUUAUCCUCCACCUUUCGAAAAUGCCCAUAUCAUCCACGACUCCAGUCCAAAGACUAAAAGCGAGGCGAUCACUCCAGUGAGCAACCAGGGACACCCCGAUGACAUUGACCAAUCCCUCUUGCACAAGGCGAUCAUCGACGAAUUCCACAGACCUUCCAAGAUCGAAUUCGAAUCGGCUUCCCAGAGAUUAAGAGAGGCCUCAGAGAUAACAAGGAAUUCGCCAACUAAUUCGACGGGCUUGGGGAGAAUAUUGAAAAAGCACCACCAAAAGGAUUCACUGUCUAAAGUGGAAUAUGUCAUUCCUGGAGUGGAACACGUGGUCUCCCACGUGCAAUAUGCAAACAAAGACGAAGAUGAGCCUCCUCCAGAAAUCGAAACGGUCGUCCCACAAGUCCGCUACGUAGUUCCCAAAGUAGCCUACGUUGAACCAGAAACCGAGUACCAGGAAGAAAAUCAGCAAACGUUGGACUCUUCUGAAAGAAGGCCAAGGUCCUUUUCAGAUGCAGAUCUUACAGAUUCCUACGCGAACGAAAAGUUUCCGGAGGAAUCAAUCUCGAUUGGGAGACAGAAGUUACCUGAGGUCGAUUCUGCAACAAGUAGCAGAAGACGACCAAUUCAAAGUCAAGACGAGGAGUCACUUCGAUCGCCAAGCCACAGGAAACUACAUGGUGCUGUCCGGAAUCAUGAAGAUCAACUUCCUGCUGUAGAAAGUCUACCUGUCGAACAAUUCCAUUGUAGUGAUGUUUCUUCGGCUGGCUAUUAUGCAGAUAUUUCAUCUAGAUGUCAGGUUUUCCAUAUUUGCCACGAGAAUGGACAAAGAAGCACUUUCCUGUGCCCAAUUGGUACAUUGUUUAACCAGGAAUACCUAGUGUGUGACUGGUGGUACAAUGUGGACUGUGGAGGGAGUUUACAAAAUAAUUAUGCAGCUGAAACUUUACAAGCUUUCAGUUCAAACACCCAACAACUUAGUGUAUUAACUCAGAGCAACCGGAUUGCAACGGAAGUAGACAAUCUGCAAGAAAUUCCUUACAACCCCAAGCACAUAGAAGAUCCAAAAAGAUCUCUUCGGAAACAAAAGUUCCAUGUUUCAACUCCGAGCAACGGAUUUGAGACGAAGAAAACCAGUUUGCAGCAAAUUCAUAAUAGAAAUAAGCACAUAGGAGAGGAUCCAACAAAGUUUUUUCGAAACCAACAAUCACGUGUUUCCACUCCGGGCUACGGAUUUACAGAGAAAAAAAUUAACUUGCAGCCAAUCCGUUAUGGUGAAGAACAUAUCAAACAGGGCCCAUCUGCAGAAAAAUCUUCACUGCAAAAGGCGGUUAACUACCUCGAUCGUUAUGUUGUUUUAUUAUGGGAACACAUGAAAAAUUCUCCAAUCAAAAUACAUGUACUUCCUAAAAAUACAAUUUCUUCUCAUUAUACAGGAAAGGAUUCAAGUUCAGAUUCUCCCAAACAUGCAGCUGAUACUAAUAAAAAUAAUAGAAAGUCACCAAGUAAAACAAAAGAAACAAAUCAACAAAACAAGCCAGCAAAAUGCACACCUAUUAAGAAGCAACGACAAAACAAGCGAUACUUUGGUGGAUUGAAGCCAUUUGUUCACACAACGACAAAAACUGCAAAAGUCCUUUCCUAUAACUAUCACAACGACAAGACCUUAAUUGAAAUACUUCCACCUAAUUUAUCUGAUAAAAACUUUACAACAUUAAAACCCUCCAUUGAGAUAAAAUCUUCACACGUUAAGGAGAUUAUUCAAAAGAAUUUAUUACUCCAUAAACAUAAUUUUACAAAAAAAUUGAGUCCUGUUAUGAAAAAAGAUUUCAAAUCACAGAAUGGUGCUGGGAAGGAUAUCCCUGUUGCUUAUAAAAAUUCACAAGACAACACAACAAAAAAUAAAUACAUCGCAAAUGCAAAAUUUGGCGAAAUUGUUUAUGAUUUUCCUAAGUUUUCUUAUGUAAAAAUGGGAAAUAUUAAUAAUAAUAAUAAUAAUAGCUAUUUCAAUUAUCAUUCAGUAGAAAGUACGGUGAAAUUUGAAAAAAUAAAAUCAAACGAGUCUAAAAAAGAAAAAUAUAAUGCAUCAAAAAUUCAACAUAACGAUCCUAAUGAAAAUAAAGUUGAUAAUAAAAGUACAACAUCAAAUAAAAAGACUACCAAAUUGCUAAACAGUACAACAAAAACUCCCAAAAUUACAAAUAAAAUCAUUAGAAAUUAUAAUCGAACUGCGGUUAGAAAUGGUGAAAAGACUGAUAAGGAAUUACGGUUUUCUACAGUGAAUAGUAAAGGAAUACGUUUUCCAGAAUUUAGUCAAAUUUUGAAAUUAAAUGGCAGUAGAAGAUAUGGAGAUAGAUUGUCAUUUAAUGCAAACUCUUUUUCUAUCUUCAAUAUAGAAAAAGCACAAAAGAAUAUGCUAAAAACAAAUAUUGCUGCUCGAAAGAAAGGUAAAAAGCACGAUAAAGCUGCAAAACAAGAAAAGAACACGAGUGAAAAUUUACAAAACAACCGCACAAAUCAAAUCAGUUCCAGAGCAAACAAAACAAAAAUAUCUAAUCAUAAAACAAGCAAUAAUAAAACAAAUAUGCAAAGGAGAGAAAACAAUAUAAUUCCAAACUCUAAAAGCGAAAGAAUGUUUCACAAUCGAGUACAAAAUAGCCAUCCUUUCGUAUCUCGCAUCGAAGAAUCCAAAAAAGAAGCUGAAAAACACAUAAAUAAAAAUUUUACUAUAAGUUUUCGAGUUCAAGCUAAAGAAUUGUUACAAAUAAACAAUACAAAACAUCUUUCGAAUCCAAAUAUUGUGCGUAACGUUGUUCAGAAUAAUUCAAUCAAAACGCAUCAUCUUAAAGCUCCUUACGUGAUUGAAAAUAGCCACAAUGUUAAUCAUAUGACCAACAAACGUUUGAAUGAGUCCGAAAUGUUAAGAUAUAGAAAACAGAACAUCACAAAAAUCAAGCACAAACAUGGAGGAUUUGUUGUUAUUAAGAAAGUAAAAGUUGAAAAAAAGGACCACAAAAUGCCAUUGAAUUUGACAGAAAGUGCAGAUGUUAUAAAACCAAAUACCACUAGCAGUCUGGAAUUAAAUUCUGGCCCUAACGAUCACAUUUAGGUAAACUGACUUAGCAACUAAAUUUUGUAUAAUGGUGCAGUGCUCUUUUUCAUUGACAAAAAUGAUUUUGUUUGUAAAAAUCGUGUAUAACCAUUUGCUCAAAUGUUCAUGUAUUAGUAAUUCGUUUGAAUCCUUGCAAUAAAGAUUGUCUUUAUUAUAA